AGCGGAGAGCUGGGUCAGGCUAAAAAGCCCAUCUAAAAGUCAAGACUAUUAGCUUACAGUUAUCAUCCAUACACACCAAUAUGAGGAGGAAGAACCUGUACAAAAUAUUUAUCUGAGAAGACGAGGAAUAAACCUGGUCAUUUCAAUUGUGAAUAUGGGGAACCUCUGCGGGAAGUGUUGUUGCUGUUGUUCACCGCCUUGCAUGUCCUCAGAAAAAGAGCAAAAAAGUAAAAAAGAAAAUUACAAAGUAAGUGACAUUGUUUUUGUGAAUCCUCAUGUGGGGAGUCCUGCUUCACAACCUGCGCCUUCCCCAGAGACACCCCAUAAUAUCAUUAUACACACAAGAAAAGAAAGCAAUGUAAAGGAAACCUAUGUGGCCUUAUUUGAUUAUGAGGCUCGUACAAGUGAGGAACUAAGUUUUUUUGCCGGGGACCACAUGUGCAUCAUAAAUUUUACUCAUGACAGUUGGUGGAAAGCUAGAGCCUUGGUACCUCGAGGAAAGGCAGAAGGAUAUAUCCCAGCAAACUAUGUUGCUCCAGUCUCCAGCAUUGAAUCUAAACCGUGGUUCUUCUGUGACAUCAAGCGUUCAGAGGCAGAAAAGCAGCUGAUCCUGCCAGACAAUCGUGCUGGGGCUUUUCUUAUUCGGGAAAGUGAGAGCCAAAAAGGGGAUUAUUCUCUUUCUGUCUAUGAUGGCAUCACUGUGAAACACUAUAGAAUCAGGAAGCUAGACAAUGGUGGAUUUUAUAUAACACCAAGAAGAAAAUUUCAAGAUUUGGAGGAACUUGUGGAAAAUUAUAUGAAGGUAGACGAUGGACUUUGCUGUAAACUCAGGAAACCAUGCAUAAAGAAAGAAGUCCCUCUGCCUCCAGACUUAUGUUAUCAAACUGCAGAUCAUUGGGAGAUUGACCGAAACUCUUUGAAGUUUUUGAAGAAGCUUGGGCAGGGUCAGUUUGGAGAAGUUUGGGAAGGAUUGUGGAACAACACUAUAUCAGUGGCUAUUAAAACAUUGAAAACAGGAUCUAUGAAUCCACAAGACUUUCUAAGGGAGGCACAACUUAUGAAAAACCUCCGACAUCCAAAGCUUAUUCAGUUAUAUGCAGUGUGCAGUUUGGAAGAACCAGUAUAUAUUAUAACAGAGCUCAUGCGGCAUGGCAGUUUGCUUUCAUAUCUUCAAAAUGAUAAUGGAGCAAUGAUAAAGGUGCCCCAACAGAUAGACAUAGGUGCUCAAGUGGCAUCAGGAAUGGCAUAUCUAGAAACACAAAACUUUAUCCACAGAGAUUUAGCAGCAAGAAAUGUACUUGUUGGGGAAAACAGUGUUUAUAAAGUGGCUGAUUUUGGACUUGCCAGAGUUUUUGAGGAUGAUAAUGUUUACCAGGCCACAAAUGAUACAAAGCUUCCUUUGAAAUGGACGGCACCAGAAGCAAUUCGAAGCAACAAAUUCACUGUUAAAUCUGAUGUUUGGGCAUUUGGUAUACUUCUUUUUGAAAUAUCAACAUAUGGAAAAAUGCCAUAUCCUGGCAUGAAUGGAAGGCAGGCAUUAGAGAAACUUGAACAAGGUUACAGGAUUCCUAAACCCUUUAACUGUCCCCAGGACCUUUAUAACAUCAUGUUGGAAUGUUGGAAUGCAAAUCCAGAGAAUCGGCCAACCUUUGAAACCUUACAGUGGCGGCUGGAGGACUAUUUUGAUACGGAAGCUUCAUCUUAUCUUGAUGCAAAUGCAUUUGAAAUUAGAUAGAAUCUACAGUUAGAAGGAAAAUCCAUAACACUUGAUUUAUAUAUUUCUAAUACAGACUAAUGCUUAAAAAGAAUAGAAACUAUUUUACUUUGAAGGACAAUCAAAAUCGACAUCAUUUCAACAAGUCAUUGAACUUCCUCACUACCUGAAAAUAUUCAUGGAACAUUAAAAGGUUUAUGUGGAAAAAAAAAAAGCACUUUUAUAUGGCGUAAGCACUCAAUACUGUAGGCAUUUAUAUAGAGUUUCGAAAGUCUAAGAAAAUGUGUAUUCACCUUUUUUAUGUGUAUUCACCAUCAUGGUGUUAGCAUCCUAAUAUCUGGUACAUAAAUAUGUUUUAUGUGCUUGGAUAUAUAUAUGGCAAUGCCUUAAGUAAUCUAAAGAAAGGUAGUUAGUCUUAAAAUAUAGGACUUAAAGAGGUACUCCACCUGAAAACAUCUUAUCCCCUAGCCAAAGGAUAGGGGAUAAGAUGACUAAUCGCGGGGGCUCUACCGCUGGGGACCCCCGAGAUCUCUGCGGCACUCCAGUCAUUUGGUGCACAAAGCGAACUCAGCUCAGUGCCGGAUGACUGACGACUACAGCCGUCACGCCCCCUCCAUUCAUGUCUAUGAGAGGAGGUGUGAAGGCUACGUACUUGCACACCCCCUCCCAUAGACAUGAAUGGAGGGGACGUGGCAUGACGUCACAAACACAGAAGUUCCAAGCUUCUGUGUUCCUAAUGCCGCUGCUGCCAACCCGGAGAUUGCAGGAGUCCCCUGUGAUCAGACAUCUUAUCCCCUAUCUUUUGGAUAGGGGAUAAGAUGUUUUCCAGUGGAGUACCCCUGUAAGUUUAACACUCCUAUUCCAUCUAAAAAAAAAAUGGUUUAUCUUUUAAAUUUUUACAAAUUAUUUUUAGCUUAAAUGGGCACUGUUAGAUUAAAAAACUUUUUAUAUGUUGUACAUCAUGGCAAAACAUUAACCUUUCUAAUAUACUUCAUAAGAUUGAUAAUCCAUUGAUUAUACACAUAUUGUAUGAGCCUGAAAUGUCUAAUAGUGGCUACAACUUAGAGCUGGCCUCACACAAAGUUGGGUAUUUGGAUAAACAUCCUGACUCUCUUCUGCCUUUUUGGGGACAAGAAGGAAUCUUUUAUCUUGUACGAGACAAGGAAUUGCUGAAGGUGUCUGGCAUUGACUUACACCCCAUAUUCCCCUUAUGCUACCUUAAAGUGGUUUACCAGCGAAAGAAACAACCUGUGAAUAGUGUCAAAAAGUGUAAUAAAGCAACUUACAAAUAUAAUGUUAUUAGGCAUAAUUAGCUGUGCUUGCUCCCUUGUAGCUGUGACAUCCUGUCACAGGCUAUAAAAGCAGUCUGCUUGGUCCCUGCCCUCCCAUCCCCUCUUGUCGCUUGAGGAGAGACCAGUAAUAUAAUGGGAGGAGCUAGUAUUACUGUUCCUCAGAUUUAUGACUUAAUUAGAUAAGGCCGCAGUGAGCCUACUCUGAUGAAAACUACUGUGACAGAGAAAGACUGACAUUAUACAUAUAUUUAAAGGGGUAUUCCAGGCAAAACCUUUUUUUAUAUAUAUCAACUGGCUCCAGAAAGUUAAACAGAUUUGUAAACGUGAGUCAUCAGAGAGCAGUUAUACAGAAAACAACAACUCAACUUCAGAAGCUAAUAACUAUUGGAAGGAUUUAGAUUUUUUAAUAGAAGUAAUUUACAAAUCUGUUUAA